GCUGUACCACCGAACAUUACCCUCUGCGGCCGCGAGUUACAUCGGAAGCCCAGUUUAAGGAAUCCUAGUAUGCAUAUCUUUCUUGUUUCUGCAUUCCUCGGAUACCUCGUGCAGGCUGCACCCUCUGAUCUGAAGAUCAGAUGGUGCCUAAAGUCAGACCAGGAGCUACGCAAGUGCAUCUACCUCGCAUCUAAAGCGCCGCAGCUAGCUUGCGUGAAGCGCGACGGAUCUGAGGAAUGCAUUAGGGCCAUCAAGGAAGGUGAAGCAGAUGCCAUCACUCUCGAUGGAGGAGACAUCUAUAGAGCUGGACUCACCAACUACGACCUUCAUCCUAUCAUUGCAGAAGCUUAUGGUGAAGGCAUAGAGACAUGCUACUAUGCUGUUGCUGUAGUGAAGAAAGGCACUGGCUUCAGCUUUACUGAACUUCGUGGGAAAAAGUCUUGCCACACUGGUCUGGGGAAGUCUGCAGGUUGGAACAUUCCCAUUGGCACUCUUCUCUCAAAGGGGUGGAUUCGGUGGGCUGGUAUUGAAGAUAGACCUUUGGAGGAAGCGGUGAUGGAAUUCUUCUCAGCCAGCUGUGUCCCUGGAGCACCAAAAGGUUCCAAACUGUGUCAACUCUGCAAAGGUGACUGCUCACGAUCUCAUAAGGAGCCCUAUUAUGAUUAUGAUGGAGCUUUCCAGUGCUUAAAGGAUGGAGUUGGAGAUGUUGCUUUUCUGAAACAUCUAAUUUGUUACUGUUCUACCGAUCCUGUUGAGAAAGUCAAAUAUGAACUACUGUGCAAAGAUGGCACAAGGAAGAGCCUUGAUGACUACAAGACCUGCCACCUGGCUAAACUCCCUGCCCAUGCUGUUGUUAGUCGCAAAGAUCCAGAACUGGCUCACCGCAUCUUUCAGGUUCUAACCCCACUCAAGGACUUGGGUCUCUUCUCUUCUGAGGGCUACUCAGUGAAAAACCUUAUGUUUACAGACUCCACAAAAAACCUGGUGCUGCUGCCUAAAGCCACUGACUCUUUCCUAUACCUUGGGGCAGAAUACAUGGCCACCAUCUUUGCUCUCAAAAAAGACCUUAGCAUAGACAAUGCUUCUCCUGCCAUUAACUGGUGUGCAGUGGGCCAUGCUGAAACAGCAAAGUGUGAUAAGUGGUCCAUCAACAGCUUUGAUGAGAAGAACGGCUUCAGGAUUGAGUGCAUAAGUGGCCAAAGCAUUGAAGACUGCAUUGGCAAGAUCAUGCGUAAAGAGGCUGAUGCAAUGGCUGUUGAUGGAGGGCAGGUAUAUAUUGCUGGCAAGUGUGGUCUGGUACCAGCCAUGGUAGAACAAUAUGAUGAAGCAAAUUGUGCUUCUGGAGUUGAUGUAUCCGCUUAUUAUGCAGUAGCAGUAGUGCACAAAGACUCUGGUUUGACCUGGGAGUCACUGAAAGGCAGAACAUCCUGCCACACUGCCGUGGGCCGCACUGCAGGCUGGAACAUUCCCAUGGGUCUCAUUCACCAGGAAACCAGAGAUUGUGACUUCUCUAAGUACUUCAAUGAGAGCUGUGCUCCUGGUGCAGACCCAAAAUCCAGCCUGUGUGCACUGUGUGCAGGCAGUGGCAAACUUGUGGGGGGAAAAGAGGCCAAAUGCAAAGCCAGCUCAGACGAACUUUACUAUGGCUAUGCUGGAGCAUUACGGUGUAUGGUUGAAGGCAAAGGUGAAGUGGCCUUUGUUAAACACACUACCGUACAGGAAAAUGCAGAUGGAAAAGGUCCACAAUGGGCUUCAGGUCUGAAAUCAGCAGACUUUAAGCUGAUCUGUCCUGGUGGCUCUGCUGAGAUCUCCAGCUACAGCACCUGCCACCUUGCGGUAGUGCCAGCCCAUGCCAUCGUGACUCGGCCAGAGAUGCGCACUGAGGUGGUGUCUGUGCUCAAGGAGCAGCAGGCUAAGUUUGGUGGUUCCAGCAAUGAUUUCUCUUUCAAGAUGUUCCAGUCAGAGGAUGGACGAAAUCUACUCUUUAAGGACUCUACGAAAUGUCUUCAAGAGGUUCCACCAACAAAGUCCUUCAAGGAGUUUCUAGGUGAAUCCUAUGUAGCCAUCAUGGACUCUCUUCACGAGUGUACUGGCAGUAUUUCAGAGCUGGAGCAGGCUUGCACUUUGCAUACAUGCCAACAACAGCAGUAGUCCACUGUUUGUACAAAAUUGUCCAAAAAACUGUACAUUACAAAUUGCAUACAAAUAAAUUGGCACAGUUUCAGGAGGACUAAGGAUCACUGCUAAAGUUUCGAUAAACAACAUUAUUUUGGCUAUUGAUAGAUACCUAAAUCAACUAACUUUGUUUUGAAAUUGACUUUGGUUACUUGUAAAACUGAGACAUUAUUAUAAAGGAAAAUAACAAUAAUUAAAUGGUAGUUUGAAGAGUAAGAGUUAUAAAAUAUGGCAAGGGACAUUAUUUAAAAAGGUAUUCUAAUUAUUCCAUGUUGUAGAGGUUCUUUUAAGUCAUUUUAAGUUUUAAGGAAUGAUAAACAUACUAUAUAAAGUGAUGUCACUUUUUGCAAUAUAUGUGCAUUGUAACCAAAUUUCACAAAUGGAACAUUUUCCAGCAAUCUCAGUAAUAUCAGUAUAUUUACCUUAUCUAUUACUGCAGAGCAACACCUGUCUAAAUGUAGGCUUACAUGUAAAUGUACAAAAUGAGUGACACCCCAGUGAACACAAAAAUGUUUAAAAUGCAUGAAAAAUAUGAUUUUGCCAGACAUUCAAUGGAUUCCAUAUUUUGGCCAUGUCAAAGGUUUUUCAUACAUCUGUUCAUGGUGUAGAAAAGACAAAAAUUGUAUUAAUAUACAAAGUGAAUUGUCUCCCUGUACUUUCAGUGUCAAUCUAAUA